AUGGAAAGAAAAGAGGAAAAAGUGGAGGGGGGAGACGAGGAGGCGAAGAAAAGGGGCAGGAAAACAAACGUCGAAAGGCUGAUGAGGGAGAGGGGAGCGUCGAUAGGGAGUUAUGGGGAUCUGAGUGAAAUUUGGAAAAGGAAAAGGGAGAUGGCGGAAGAGGAAGGGCAGGAAGAACGAGAGGAAGAAUGGAUGUUUAGGAAAAGUAAGAGGGUGGUGAGAUCACCGGAGGGUAAGAGCGGGGGGGAGGGGAACGUGGAGGAGUUGUUGAAGGAAUGGAGGGAAUGGAGGAAAGAAGCGAGAAGGGACAUGGGAGAAAUAAAGGAGAGGAUGGAGACUGUGGGAGCGGAGGUUGGAAAGAUAAGGGAGGACAUGAGGAGAGGAGAAGAAAGAUGGAGAGAGGAGAAAGAGAGGAUGGAGAAAAGGUUAGGAGAGGCAGAAAGAAAGAUGAGAGAACUAGAGGUGGCGAAGAAAAAGGUGGAGGAGAUAGAAAAGAGGGUAGGAAAUCUGGAAAGGGAGAGAGGAAGGGAGGGAGGGGAGACAAAGGAAGGACGGAGCGAAGUGGGAAGGGAAGAGGGGGUGGAAAAGAGGCUGAAGGAGAUAGAGAAAAAGAUGGAGAGGAAGGAAAGGGAGGUAAAAAGAAACAAUAUAAUAAUAAAGGAGGCAGAGAUAGAGGGAACAGCACAGCAGGUAGUGGAUAGACUAAUGGCAAGGAUAGGAGUGAAAGGAGGGGUGGAGGGAACAAGAGAGCUGAGAAAAGUAGGAGAGGGGGGACGGGGGAGGAUGAUAGAGGUAAGGUUAGAGAGCACAGAGAAGAAGGUCGAAGUGAUGAGGAACAAAUGGAAGCUGCGGGGGAGGAGGGAAAGAGUAGAGGAGGACUUAACAUGGGAGGAGAGAAGGAUUCAAUGGAAGUUGAGAAGGAUAGGAGACGAGGAGAGGAGGAAAGGGAGACAGGUGAGGGUGGGAUUGGGGAGGAUCACGGUGGAGGGAAAGGUGUGGAUAUGGGACGGAGAACGGGAGACAGAGCUAGCAGAAUGGGAGGUCAUAGCGCUGACAGAGACGUGGCUAGAGGAGAAGAGAUGGGGGAAGGUGGCAAACAGACUGCCGAAGGGAUACAAGUGGAGUAGACAGUGGGCGAAGAGGAAGAGCAAAAAAGGGAGGGCAAUAGGUGGCAUGUUAAUAGGGGUGAGAGAGGAGAUGGCGAGGGAGGAAAAGGGGGAAGAGAAAGAAAUAGAGGGCCUGAUGGAGAGAAGAGUAAGAGCGGGGGAGGAGGAGUGGAGGGUGGUAGUGGUAUACGUAAACGGGGAUAUGGACAGGAAGCUGGAGGAGCUAAGAGGGUGGAUGGAGGCACAGACGGGGAAGGAGAGGGUAAUUGUAGGGGGCGAUUUCAACGCGAGGAUAGGAAGAGAAGGAGGGAAAGUAAGGGGACCAGAUGAGGAAGGGGAGAGAAGUUCGAAGGAUAGAAAAGUAAACGGUGAGGGAAAGAAAUUGAUCAAGUUGAUAGAGGAGGUAGGAUGGGGGGUGCUAAAUGGAGAUGUAGAGGGAGACGAGGAGGGGGAAUUCACGUUUACAGGCGGGAAGGCAGAGACGGUGAUAGAUUAUGCAAUAGUGGAGGAUAACACAAGGAAGGAGAUAGAAAGGAUGGAGGUGGGUGAAAGGAUAGAAUCGGACCACCAUCCCCUGAUAGUAACGGUCAGAAGGGGUAAGGGGGUGAGGAGAAAGGAAGAGAGGAGGGAGAGAAAGGUAGGGAGCGGACGUUGGUCGAGAAAAAUGAAAGAGGAAUUCAAAAAGGGGAUGGCAGGGAAGAGAGUCGAGGGAGAAGGGAUACAGGAGAUGGUAUGCGAGGCGGUGGAGAAGAUAAAGGAGGAAAUGCGGAGGAGCGAAAGGGAAGGAGGAUGGGUAAGAGGAAAGAAGAAGGAAACGUGGUGGGACGAGGAGUGCAGGUUGAAGAAAGCAGAGGUGAGAGGGAAACUACGGAAAUGGAGAAAGAGGGGAGGGACAGGAGAGGAAUACAGAAGGGAAAGGAGAGAGUACAAGGAAUUGUGCGAAAGGAAAAAAGAGGAAGAACGGGAGAGGCUGAUAGAGGAGGUAGCGGAGGCGAGAACCGAAAAUAAGGUAUGGGAGAUAGUUAACAGGGGCAGGAAGGAGAGAAAGAGAACGAACGAAGAGAUAGGAGUGGAAGAGUGGAGGGAAUACUUUAUGGGACUGUUAGGGGGUGUAGGGAGGAGGGUGAGAUUGGGGGGACGGGAAAAAAGAAAAGGGGUAGAAGAGGAAUUAGGGAUAGAGGAAGUAAGAGAGGCAAUAAAGAGGCUGAGAGAGGGAAAGGCGAUGGGAGUAGACGAGGUUCCCAACGAAGCGUGGAAAUUUGGAGGUGAAAGGACGGAGGUACUGGCGUGGGAAAUCUGCGGGAGAGUGUGGAGAGGAGAGGGGUGGCCAAAGACAUGGAAGGAAGGGAUAAUUGUGCCGAUAAUAAAGAAGGGAGCGGGAUCAAAGGUAGAGGAGUAUAGGGGAGUCACACUCAUGCCAACUUUAUAUAAGGUAUACGCAUCGGUGCUGGCUAGGAGACUGGAGAAGGAAAUGGAGGAGAAAGAAAUGAUACCGGGGAACCAGACGGGCUUUAGGAGAGGGAUGGGCACAAUAGAUAAUAUCUAUGCGUUAAACUGGGUGGUAAAUGACAGGAUUAGAAGGGAGAAGGGGAAAAUGGUAGCGAUGUUUAUAGACCUGAAGGCGGCAUUCGACUCGGUGGACAGAACGGUUCUAGGGGAAGCGUUAGAGAGGAGGGGU